AUGGCCAUGCUGGCCUCAAAAACGUUUCCGGCCUCGCUGGGUUCGCAGGCCUCGACAAUGGUGCCAAACGUCGCCCAAGCCGCCUACGCGCCGGCGAGGAGGGUGCCGACCAUGCCGACCACCAGCCAGUCCUUUGCCAGUCCGACCGAAUCAGAGUUCUCCGACUUUGAGAACCCGGACUCAGUUAAGAACUGGGAUGAGGAUCGCGUGUGCGAGUACCUGAGGAGCGUCAAGUGCGGAGACUACGAGAAGAUCUUCCGUAAGAACCACAUCACCGGAGAGAAUCUGCUGGAGAUGGACAAGGAAGUCCUCAAGGAGAUGGGCAUCGAUAAGGUCGGCGACCGGGUCCGGCUGUUUCUUGGCAUCAAGAAGCUGAGGACCAAGACCUUUGCCAACCAGAAGAAGCGCAAUAGGGUUUGUAGACGAUGGAACCCUUCUGGAAACCCCCCUGUUCAGCUGCUGACAUUUGCUCUACAGGACUCAUUCGGCGGCCUGGAGAUCCAAUAUGCACCCUCCUCGGGUUCUCCCAGACCCCUCAACUCAGGCAGCAGUCGCGCCAUGCCCACCCCGACCUCUUCCAACAAGCGCUACUCGAGACAGAUCGACCUCUCUGGCGUCUCCCUCGAGAACGCCGCGCAGCACACCUCUCGCCCCUCGUCCCCUCUGCCCAGCGCCGACUUCAGGCCAAGACAGCCCCGAUAUGGCCAGGGCGUCGGAUACGGAAGCCAGCCCCCGACUGCUACGUCCAGCAGAUACCCCGGAUCUCCCCCCGAGGCCCCUGCGCCUGGACGCUUGGUACUGACCCAUACGCGAAACAACUCCAGCAUGGACGGUUCGCUGAUGGCAGCUUUACCACAGAACCAGGAAGUCAUCCGUGUCAUCUCGACCGGCGGUGUGACAAAAGUCGUUAAGAUCGCCGAUUGCAACACCUGCGAAGAGGUCAUGAGGGUCACGCUGCGCAAGUUCGCCCUCCGCGAGGACCACGAGAGGAACUACUGCUUCUGGGUUCUGUCUGGUGUCGACCCCGACCCCAAACAAUGCCGACGCCUCGGCGAUACCGAGCUGUGGCGUGUCAUCAAGGACCAGAAGCGACCCGAGCGGAACCGUCUGAUCCUCCGGCGUGUUCCAGCCGGCGAGCCCGGCAUGUCGGAGCUGGAGAGGGCAGCCGCGAUCGCCAUGGAAGAGUCCCAACAGACUGUUGUUCGUGUCGAGAGCGCCGACAAGCGGAGUCAGCUCAAAGUCCAGAAGGUGCUGGGCGAGAGCUGGGAUAACAUGCAACAACCUCCUCUCUCUCCGGUCUCAUACCAAGAUCGUGAGCGCAACGUUUAUAACGCGGCACGGGACCUUGAGCGGCCCGCCCCGACUGAUGUAGAUCGCCCAGUCGGUCGCCGCAAGGCCCGACUCCGCCAGUUCGGUGGACUCCGGCCCCCUAGCGAGUUGAUCGCUUCUGAUUUGACCACUUACUUCCCGGACCACCCCAGAGAGGACAUCGACCGCACUGCCCGUCUGUCCAUGCGCCGGUCGGCACGUCUCAGCAAGGUCAACAGCCGCCUCAGUGUCGCGAGUAACCUCAGCUUUGCCUCUAGCAUCCAGGAUGCACCCCCUAUUCCCACCAUCGCUGAUAGCUGGCUCAACGCAUCAAGUCAACUGGCUAAGGUCCAGGCCCUUCCGCGAGAUGUCCGCGGCCGCGUGCCGCACGCCUACCGCGACUCGGUGGCGUCGUCAAUGUUGGAUACCCUCCAAGAAGAAGGCUCGCCUAUCGAGCCGAACCGCAAGUCUUAUGUCUCGUUUGCCGACAGCGGCUCUGACACCGCUGCUGUCAGCAUCACCGACCCGGACGGAAAUGUCCGCCAGAGCUACUUUGAUGAGCAGAGCACCCUUGGCUCCGGAUCUAGCUCCCUCAAGGAGGUCAGCCAAGCCCUCAACGAGGACGGCGAAGAUGCCGAUGAGGAGCUGCAGAGCUUCUUGGCUGGCGAGUCUUGGGACGACAGCCAGUGGAUGAAGGGUGCUCUCAUUGGUCAGGGUUCCUUCGGCUGUGUCUACCUGGCUCUGCACGCCGUGACUGGCGAGCUGCUUGCCGUCAAGCAGGUCGAGACCCCGUCGCCGGGCGCCAACAGCCAGAACGAUGCCCGGAAGAAGAGCAUGAUCGAGGCCCUGAAGCGCGAGAUCAGCCUGCUCCGCGACCUCCGCCACGCCAACAUUGUGCAGUAUCUGGGCUGCGGCUCUUCGGCCGAGUACCUCAACAUCUUCCUCGAGUACGUGCCCGGCGGCUCGGUGCAGACCAUGCUCAACUCGUACGGCGCGCUGCCCGAACCCCUGGUCCGCAGCUUCGUGCGCCAGAUCCUGAACGGGCUGUCUUACCUGCACAACCGCGACAUCAUCCACCGCGACAUCAAGGGCGCCAACAUCCUCGUCGACAACAAGGGCACGAUCAAGAUCUCCGACUUUGGCAUCUCCAAGAAGCUCGAGGCGACCAACAUCCUCAACGGCGCCAACAACAACAAGCACCGGCCCUCGCUGCAGGGCUCCGUCUUCUGGAUGGCCCCCGAGGUGGUCAAGCAGACGAGCUACACGCGCAAGGCCGACAUCUGGUCCCUGGGCUGCCUCGUCGUCGAGAUGAUGACGGGCACGCACCCCUUCCCGGACUGCACGCAGCUGCAGGCCAUUUUCAAGAUCGGCGGCUCCAAGGCGGCGCCCACCAUCCCCGAGCACGCCAGCGAGGCGGCCAAGUCGUUCCUGAGCCAGACCUUCGAGAUUGACCACAACAAGCGCCCUAGUGCGGACGAGUUGAUGCUCAGCCCCUUCUUGACGCCUAUUACUUGA